CGAUCAAAAGAGUCAGUCGCAAAUGAAUGCUAGGCUCGGUAAGGAAAUAAGGGAUAGAAUGGUAAUUGCAGGGGCUUUAAAAUCUUUUAAAAAAUCCGAAAGCUGAUGCCACACACCGCCCACAUGUAUGAGCAUUGCGCAACGGCCCAUUUCAUUUGCCAUUAGCCACUUGCCGGCGAUAUAUUCUCGGAGAUUGCCCUUUUUUCCCUCUUUCCUUUUUGCGGCAACAUGACGACGUCGUUUCGAGCCUUCCCUGCUGUUACAGCUCCCCCACUUCCUUCGCUCGGCCCCACCGCUUCCUUUCCUGCUCGCUCCCCCUCACUUCCUCAACGCCGCUUGUGCAAGUUUGGUGUGAAAUGUAGCUAUGCAGAAGCAGGAAUCAGUGAUGACUCAAGAUCAGCUACAAUAGAUGUUGUGGCUGAUGUCAGAAACGAACGGAUUGUAGUCUUAGGAGGAAGCGGCUUUGUUGGUUCUGCAAUAUGCAAGGCUGCGGUAUCCAAGGGCAUAGAGGUUAUAAGCCUAAGCAGGUCAGGGCGUCCUACUUACUCGGGCUCAUGGGUGGAUCAGGUUAAUUGGGUACCAGGAGAUGUUUUCUAUGCAAACUGGGAUGAAGUACUUGUUGGGGCUACAGCUGUGGUUUCAACGCUUGGAGGUUUUGGCAGUGAGGAGCAGAUGAAAAGAAUUAAUGGCGAGGCUAAUGUUGUGGCUGUAAAUGCUGCAAAGGAUUUUGGGAUUCCAAAGUUUAUCUUAAUCUCAGUGCAUGACUACAACCUACCAUCAUUUUUACUAUCGUCUGGAUACUUCACAGGAAAGAGGAAAGCUGAAUCAGAAGUACUAUCCAAAUAUCCAAACUCGGGUGUUGUCCUAAGACCAGGGUUUAUAUAUGGAAAGAGACGAGUGGAUGGUUUUGAGCUUCCACUUGAUCUGGUUGGGGAACCACUGGAAAGAAUUCUUAGUGCUGUGGAGAACUUUACCAAGCCUUUAAAUGCUAUUCCAGCAUCUGAUCUGAUCUUGGUUCCACCAGUUAGCGUAGAUGACGUUGCUUAUGCAGUCGUCAAUGCUGUAAGAGAUGAUGACUUCUUCGGCGUUUUCACCAUUGAACAAAUCAAAGAAGCAGCAGCAAAAGUGAAAGUGUGAAUCAGUUCUACACAUUAGACUAGUUGUCAUAAGCUCUCUAGUAUUUCAACAUCCACCAUACAUCACUUGAUCUGAUCCUUCAAAAUGUGACUAAACGCAAGUUGAGCUGUUGUAAAGUUGUUCAAAAGUUCACUCAUAUAUAAUAAUCAAGCAGAAUCAUCUAUUAUGGAGCUUGGAAUCUUUUACAAAAGCAUGUGCAAAUUUAGCUAUUGUAUCUGGUGCUUGUCAUUGCCUACUUUUAAAGACAACAUUAAAUCAACAAUUGUAUACAGAAUGUAUGAGUGGCAUGGGAGAUUGAUGAUUGAAGCUGGAUUGGCAAAAGGCUACAAUUGCAAAAAGGUAGUGGUAAUCGUAGAAACUGAUACUGAGAAGGAUGGAAGACAGUUAGCUGAGCUUUGUUGUAGGAAAUAUUUUGUUAAGCUCAAGUUGUAAUAAUAGAAAAUCCAACGUGGUUGGCUUAACUGGGCUGCCUUAUCUGGCCCAGGUAAUAACUGAGAUGUGCCUUCUCCUACUGUGCUUUGUAACAUAAUUCUGAAUGAUGCGUUUGGAUUUUUUUCUUUUUUCAAAAGAAA